UUGAAUGACCUCUGUGUAUGAAAUGCGCUAUAUAAAUAAACUUGACUUGACUUGACUUGACUUGACUUGAGCAAGGACAGGCAAAGGACAUAAGAUCCAGAAAUUACAAGUUAGUUCUGUGAAGGAACUAAAAGCUGCAGACAAAGCAAAAGCAGACUUUACAUUGUGCCACGAGCCACUGUCUUGCAGGUAUGGAAUUAUAUACACACAUAUUUUUAUCAUACUACCUUUAUAUAAAUGUGUUCUCUGUAAUGUCUACACCUGUAACAGAGGUUACCCUUUCUACCCUCCGGUAACAUCAGCACCGUCUGUCAUGUCCCAGAAUGCAUCAGCACCCUCUGCCAUGUCCCAGAAUGCAUCAGCACCCUCUGCCAUAUCCCAGAAUGCAUUGCAACCACUUGCAGCUCCAGCAGUAGAUGAGACCUUCAGAUCAGUACAAGAUAGGACUCCACCAGGGGCUGCACCAGUACAAGAUGGGACUGCUCCAGGGGCUGCUCCAGUACAAGAUAGGACUCCACCAGGGGCUGCACCAGUACAAGAUGGGGCUGCUCCAGUACAAGAUGGGACUGCACCAGUACAAGAUGGAGCUGCACCAGUACAGUACAAGAUGGGGCUGCAUCAGUACAAGAUGGGACUGCACCAGUACAAGAUGGGGCUGCACCAGGGGCUGCUCCAGUACAAGAUGGGACUGCACCAGGGGCUGCUCCAGUACAAGAUAGGACUGCACCAGGGGCUGCUCCAGUACAAGAUGGGACUGCACCAGUACAACAUGGGGCUGCACCAGUACAAGAUGGGACUGCUCCAGUACAAGAUGGGACUGCUCGAGUACAAGAUGGGGCUGCACCAGUACAAGAUGGGACUGCUCCAGUACAAGAUGGGACUGCUCCAGGGGCUGCUCCAGUACAAGAUAGGACUGCUCCAGGGGCUGCUCCAGUACAAGAUAGGACUCCACCAGGGGCUGCUCCAGUACAAGAUGGGGCUGCUCCAGUACAAGAUAGGACUCCACCAGGGGCUGCUCCAGUACAAGAUGGGGCUGCUCCAGUACAAGAUAGGACUCCACCAGGGGCUGCUCCAGUACAAGAUGGGACUGCUCCAGGGGCUGCUCCAGUACAAGAUAGGACUCCACCAGGGGCUGCUCCAGUACAAGAUGGGGCUGCUCCAGUACAAGAUGGGACUGCACCAGGGGCUGCUCCAGUACAAGAUGGGGCUGCACCAGUACAAGAUGGGACUGCUCCAGGGGCUGCUCCAGUACAAGAUAGGACUGCACCAGGGGCUGCUCCAGUACAAGAUGGGACUGCUCCAGGGGCUGCUCCAGUACAAGAUAGGACUGCACCAGGGGCUGCUCCAGUACAAGAUGGGACUGCUCCAGUACAAGAUGGGACUGCUCCAGUACAAGAUGGGGCUGCACCAGUACACGAUGGGACUGCUCCAGUACAAGAUAGGACUCCACCAGGGGCUGCACCAGUACAAGAUGGGGCUGCACCAGUACAAAAUGGGACUGCUCCAGUACAAGAUAGGACUCCACCAGGGGCUGCACCAGUACAAGAUGGGACUGCACCAGUACAAGAUGGGGCUGCACCAGUACAAGAUGGGACUGCUCCAGGGGCUGGGAGUGCCCAAGCUCAAAGUGUGGUUGCAAAUCAGGCUCUUCAAGAAUGGCAAGCAAUACGGGCCCAGCGGAGUAUAAUAACCCGGAGUAUAAUAAUACAAGUCUGGUGGGGGAUCAGGAGAAGGCUAUUGAGGCAAGACGUCAGCGAAUGCAAGUGAGGAACCCUCAGAUGGGGUGUUGAUCAAAUUUAAACAUCCAAAUGGACUCAUCAAUAUGAGGAAAUUCAGCUUGUCGGAGCCCAUCCAGGUGACACCUGUUCAGCUUGAGAAAACAGUGUCUUCUUACUGUGGUUCAGUGGGUUGUAAAACUUGACUGGUGUAACACUAUGUUUCACAUCUUUUUAGAUCUUGUUUGAAGCAGUGAGGGGGUGGAGGUCUCAGACAGCGGUGAGGGGGUGGAGGUCUCAAACAGCAGUGAGCGGGUGGAGGUCUCAAACAGCAGUGAGGGGGUAGGUGGAGGUCUCAAACAGCAGAGAGUGGGUGGAGGUCUCAGACAGCAGUGAGGGGGUGGAGGUCUCAAACAGCAGUGAAUGGGUGGAGGUCUCAAACAGCAGUGAGCGUGUGGGUGGAGGUCUCAGACAGCGGUGAGGGGGUGGAGG